AUGUCUGAAACCCCACCAGCACAAGCCCCCACCCGCGGCCGCGGCGGUCGCGGAGGCCGUGGAGGUCGUGGAGGCAGCCGUGGAGGAGGAGGCGGCGGCGGCGGCGGUAACAACGAGGACCGCGCAAUCUCAAAGGCGCUUAGUCUCACGCUCCGCCACGCCGCCGAGAAGGAGGGGCUGAAGCUGCGUAGCGAUGGGUAUGCCAAUGCCGCGGAACUGCUCGCGAUGCCGAAAUUCAAGAAACUGGGCCUCACGUUCCUGCGGCUGCAGCAGAUCGUGAAGGACAAUGACAAGCAGCGGUACACGCUCGUUCUCGCGUCUACCGUGGUGCCCUCCAACGCUCCCGCCGCCGCCGCCGAAGGCAGUGAAGCCGCCGCCGCAGCAGGAAUCGCAGACCUAACCGUCACCGAAGCCCCAUCAUCCGCAGCAGCCACCGACGCCGCAGCAGCCGACCCCUCCCAAUACCUGAUCCGCGCCAACCAGGGCCACUCCAUCAGUCUCUCCUCCGAGUCGCUGCAGCUCACGCCGCUAGACCCCGCCACGCUGCCGGUCGCCGUGCACGGCACCUUCUACGGCGCCUACGAGGCGAUCGUGGCGUCGGGGCAUCUCUCGCGCAUGGGGCGAAACCACAUCCACCUUGCGGCCGCCGAGACGGGGGUCAUCUCGGGGAUGCGCGCGGACGCUGAGGUGCUUGUGUAUGUUGAUGUUGUGCGCGCGGCGGCGGAGGGCGGGCUUGCGUUUUGGAUGAGCGCUAAUGGGGUGGUGUUGACGGAGGGGGAUGAGGGGGGGUUUUUGGAUCUGAGGUUUGUGGUGAAGGUUGUGGAUCGCAGGGGGGAGUUGGGGGUGUUGUGGGAGGGGGGGAGGGUGGUGAGGGAGUUGCCGGAGGCGUUGAGGGGGAGGCCGGCGCCGAGGGGGAAGGGGAGAGGGGGGAGAGGGAGGGGUAGGGGUGGCAGGGGGAGAGGACGGGGCGGUGGUGCGGUGGAGGCGGUGGAGGAUAUGGUUGAUGCGGGGGAUCCGUAG